AUGAUUCUGGAGGCCGAACAGCUCUUGGUCGACAGCAAGACGGACACAGUGUACACCAAGAUGACAUCAACCGCCUUCGGCAUCGGACAGGGCGGCUACGACGGCCCCCGCGGCCCCUCGAAGCCGGCCGUGAAGCCGCCAGAUCGCCGCCCGGAUGCCGUGCACACCGUCAAGACGACCCCAGAGGCGGCGCUCCUCUACCGUCUCUGCGGCGACUACAACCCGCUGCACGCCGACGACGCCUUUGGACAGCGCGCCGGGUUCAAGGGGGCGAUCCUCCAGGGCCUCGGGACCUGGAACAUGGCCGCGCAUGGCCUGCUGCGGGAGCUGGGCGGUAGCCACCCCGGCCGGCUCAAGUCGUUCGGCGCCAGGUUCAAGAGCGUCGUGUAUCCCGGCGACACCCUCGAGACGCGCAUGUGGGUGGUCGAAAGCCGAGGAGGGGUGGACGACGUCGUCUUCGAGACGGUUGUCAAGGACGACGAGAGGGUUGCGCUAUCGAACGGUCAUGCUCAGAUCCUGCAGCCAAAUUCAAGGUUGUAGGCGAAACUCAGUCUGGUUUCGACCACUCCAGGAUACGACUGCUGGGCAGAGGAGCCACCGAGUGUGCAUGUGAGGCAAGGUUGGCGCUAUGUAUCAUCUUCAUCCAAACUCGGGACUCAGUCGCUAGCCUUUGGUGUGUGUGUUGGUCUGUUUUGUGGCAGACACCUGUGAUAGAGAAACAUGGCGCAGCUUUGAUUACUCUCAAGUCGUGUGCUCUCAACCGG